AGGUAGCCCCGCCUUCUCCGUGACGUCACCCGGGUAUAGUAGGCUGGAGAGGAGAGUUUUGGCUUCAGUCAGCGGGCAGAGCUUGGCCUGCUCGCUACACACCAGGGGGAGGGGGCUGUUCUCGUGUAUCUGUCAGCUCCAUGGAGCUACGAAGCCCUGGUCUCUCAAUGGAAGCAAGGGACGGAGUUCCCGCCUUGCCUGGGGAGGCUGACGAAUACGAGAGCUUACCGGAGGGAGCCUCUCCGCUGACGCACAUGGCGGCGGGAGCCGUGGCAGGAAUCCUGGAGCAUACGGUCAUGUAUCCGGUGGACUCUGUCAAGACCAGAAUGCAAAGCUUGCAGCCGGACCCCAAGGCCCAGUACCGAGGAGUCAUGGAGGCUUUGAGAAAGAUGAUCCGCUCUGAAGGGCUGAUGACCCCCUUGCGAGGAAUCAAUGUGACCAUGCUGGGAGCGGGCCCAGCACAUGCUCUGUACUUUGCAUGCUACGAGAAAAUGAAGACUACUAUAGGGGGCUUAAUCAAUCAUGUUGGCAACAGUCACGUGGCGAAUGGGGUGGCAGGAAGUCUGGCAACAGUGCUGCAUGAUGCCGUCAUGAACCCAGCGGAAGUGGUGAAGCAGAGAAUGCAGAUGUACAACUCCCCCUACAGGAGCAUGCUGCACUGCAUCCGGACUGUCAGCAGGACGGAAGGAGCGGGGGCCUUCUACCGCAGUUACACCACCCAGCUCUUCAUGAACAUCCCUUUCCAAGCCAUUCACUUCAUCACCUACGAGUUCACCCAAGAGCAGCUGAAUCCGCAGCGGCAGUACCACCCCAGUUCUCACAUAGUCUCCGGAGCCAUCGCCGGGGCCGUGGCCGCCGCAGCCACCACACCUUUAGAUGUAUGCAAAACCUUAUUAAACACGCAGGAGAACAUGGCCCUCAGCUCUGUCAACAUCAGCGGACAACUUUCGGGCAUGGCCAACGCCAUUAGGACGGUCUACCAAAUUGGAGGGGUGGCAGGUUUUUUCAAGGGCGUGCAAGCCCGGGUGAUCUAUCAGAUGCCUUCUACGGCCAUUGCAUGGUCGGUGUAUGAAUUCUUCAAGUACUUUCUGAGCAAAAACCACCAUUAGGGUCUGGUCACGAGAAGAGGACACCAUUACUGGUGGAGCCGUAUCGGGGAAUCCCUGUUUUAAACCUGCAGUAGUCUCCUUUGUAUAUUUGAUAUUCUGAUUACAGGCACCCAUUCCCCCUCCCCCCCCCCCCCCCCAAAAUCCAUGGAGGGCGAUUUUGGUUUUUGACUUCCACAACCUCCACCAUGUGAAGAGCCUUUUGUGUCUUCUACCUUAUUUACAAUGGCUUGGAGAGGGGGUGACCAGCAGUGCUGGCUUGUAGUUUUGCUGUAACAGCAUACAGGUAUAUAUUAUUCCAAGAGAUGUCUAUGGAUACAUAUCACUGCCCGCGGGUCCUAUGUAUCUACCUAUAUAUCUAUAUAUUUAUUUAUGCAUAUUCGAAUUUAGCCGAGAACAAGACGACGCACAAUAUUUUAGAGGUUAUAUUAAUAUCGGAGGGUUUCUCUAUGUAAAUAGUUUUACGUGAUAUUUUUCUAUAGUGGAAGAAACAGGGUAAAUGUUCUCCAUGUGUUAUCAUAGUGAAGAUAAUAAGCUCCUUAUUUUUUAAGGCAUUUGUUUUUCCCAUUGCUUAUUCUAGGGCAGUCAUCUGCAGCCCGUGGAUCCCCAGUUGUUGUGACGGCGUAGCUCCGAGCAUGCUUUGUAGGGGCGUAUGGUACCUCAGUACCUGGUGCUCCCCUGGUUGCAGACUCUUGGUGUAAGGUAUUAGGCCCUGUUCACAUCAAAGUAAGGGUUAAACAUACAGCGGGGGACAGUGGUUCCUUUUGUUGGAGGUAUACGCCAGGCAAAAAUCACCACGUCUGUUUGAUAGAGGGUCCUAACGUGGUGUGAAAAGAGCGUGGCUGAUGCAAGAUGGCAGGCAGGCCUUCUGACUGCUGGAAGGUCUUUCUUACAGAGCAUGUUUUUGUCUAUGCAGGAGGGGGCGCUCUCAAGCUGCUCGGCUCUGCCUUAUCUCAAGGGAAAUGGGAAGUGGAAUCUGGUUGCUAUGGACAACUAAACCAGUUUUGAUAAAUCUCCCCCUAUAACAAGGGUCAUAAACCUUCGGCACUCCAGCUAAUGUGAAACUACAACUUUCU